AUGUAACUCUCAUUUUCAGAACAUUACUGUUACAUUGACAACUAUGGUUUCCAAAAUAAUAAUCAGCAUUAUAGCUAUCAAUUCCUUCUUUAUAGUUUAUUGUGAACUGACAAAUGAAGAUGGUUUGGUAGUUCAUCUCCCAAAAGGAGCAAUCAGAGGUCGAACCCGCACAAGUGCUAAUGGAAGUGAAUAUUAUUCGUUCCAGGAUAUUCCGUUUGCAGCACCACCAACAGGCGAGAAUAGAUUUAAGGUUCCAAAACCACCCAGAUCCUGGAAGGGUAUAUUGAAUACAACAGAUAAUGUCAAAGAAUGCAUGGCAAAUAUGCAAUUUCUUGAUGGAUCUAUCAAUCACCUUGGGAAUACACAAUCAGAAGACUGUUUGUAUUUGAAUGUAUACACACCAGUGAAACCUGGAAGUAUUGACUCGUUACCAGUUUUUGUCUUCAUACAUGGAGGAAAAUUCCUCUUUGGAAAUGGCUGGUUUUCAUCAUUUGGACCAAAAUAUCUAGUGGAUCACAAUAUUAUUGUAGUGACAAUGAAUUAUCGACUAGGAGCAUUCGGAUUUCUCGCUACCACAGAUGGCAUAAUUCCUGGAAAUUUGGGUCUGAAAGAUCAAAAUUUCGCCUUGAAAUGGGUUCAAGAAAAUAUACAUCUCUUUGGAGGAAAUCCCAAAAAAGUAACCAUUGGUGGCCAAAGUGCGGGAGGUGUUUCAGCAGGUUAUCACGUAGUGAGUCAACAAAGUAAAGGAUUAUUCAGUAGUGCUAUUUUGCAAAGUGGUUCUUCAAUACAUACAUGGGGUUUCCAGACGAAUCCGGAUGGAUAUGCUUUCAAACUGGGAAAUAUUUUGGAUAAUACCCUUGGCUAUACGAAUUCUAGUAAACUAUUGUCAGUUUUGUUGAAAGCUUCAGCAAAUGACAUUUCUGCAGCUUCAGUGAAGGUUUUAAAUGAUGAGAAUACAGAUGGAGUCGCGAUAAUGGAUUUGAUGUGGGCACCGAUAAUAGAAGACAAAAGUUUGGAUGACACUUUCAUAUCUGAUCCAAUGUAUGGUAUGCUACAAGACGGAAAAUUCAACAAAGUUCCUAUCCUAAUUGGUUUCACCAGCGAGGAAUCGUUAUUAUUUGUACGAGUUCACUUCAGAUAGUUUCAUAUCGAGAAGUUCUACCCGUCAUGCUGCCAUCACAUCCCGUUUUGUUCCUACGUAUUUGUAUAAAUUUUCGUAUGGUAAUAUGAAGACUGAUUUUCCUGAUACUGAACAUGUACCUCAUGCUCAAGAAAUGAGAUUUAUUUGGGAGAAAUCUUUCAAUCCAGAUAGCAGGGAUUUCGACAACGUAAUACGUCAACAAACUUUGAAGUUAUGGACAAAUUUCAUGAAAUAUCACGAUCCUACUCCGUCGAGAGAUCCGCUGUUAAUGAAUAUAAUCUGGCCUAAAGUGGAACCGGACAAUAUUUUGUAUCUGAACAUUGACGAAACAUUAAAUGUAACAUUGAAUCCCAGACAGUAUAAUGAAGUGAGCAGCAUACUUGAUUCGUACAUACAUUCACCUCUUGCUACUUACUGAAAUGUUAUUAUUAGAAAGUGUUGUUUGUAAGAAUAAAACCGAAGUAAGUAAUAUAAA